CACCAUGAGUAGCCACGAGCAUCCUCCACGCACAGGAGGGUCGUCGCGGCAGUCUCACUACCUGCACUCAGAACUCCGUGGUGAUGCCCCAUGACCGGAAGUGCCCCCCCGUGGGCGCGGACAAGGCGGGGCCGGCGGGCGGCACUUCCGGUACCCACGCGCCGCCGCCUCCUUCGCUGUCGCGCAGCUCGCGGCCGUCACUUUGUGUAGUGCGGGGGGGUCCCCGGUGGUCACAGCCCCCGCCCCCGAGUCCGUGUCUCGCUCCGGCUUGGCCGGGCCUCGGGCGCGCGCGCGGAAGGGGCCUGAGAGUUUGCUGACUGCUGGGCACUCUCUCCUUUCCCCUGACAAGACGAAGCAAGACACUCUUCCAUCCUGCACCCCACCUGCCUCCCGCAGCUGCACAGGUGCCUGUGGUCUGACAGCGCCUCGGCCUGACCUGGCUCAUGUGUGCUGAGGGCUGGGCCACACAGAGGCUCUCUCCUAGGGCUGAUGGCCGCCCUUCACACUACUCCAGACUCCCGAGCUACCCAGCUGGAGCCUGCAGAAGAUGGGUCAAAAUGCGAUGCUGACCCUGACGAGGAUGGGGAUGAGGAGGAGAAGGGGAGAGAGGAGGCACAGGGGGAGGAAAAAGCAGAAGAGGUAGUAGUGGAAGAGGAGGAAGUGGCCACACAGUUCCAGGAGGUGGAGGUGGAGGCUAACUCAGAGGACGCUGCUGGUGCCGACAGUGUGGAGGAGGGGCUGGCAAAGGAGCAGAGGCUGAGCUUGGGGACCCAGGAGCAGCUAAGCAACGGUGGUGAUGUCAAGUCGCCAGUCCUUCAAGGGAAAGCCCUGCAGGCCUCCCAGGUCUCACCUGCUAUUCAGAAUGAAGAUCCAGAGGAAGAGGAGGAAGAGGAGGAUGAUGAGCAUUUCCUGACUCAGGGGCUGGUGACUUUUGAAGAUGUGGCUAUGUACUUCACUUUGGAGGAGUGGGAGAGGCUGGAUGUGGACCAGAGAGACCUCUACCGGGAAGUAAUGCAGGAGAACUAUGGGAUCCUGGUCUCCUUGGGAUACCCAAUUCCCAAGCCGGAUCUGAUCUUCCACCUCGAACAAGGAGAUGAACCUUGGGUCCCAGACAGCCCCCAUCCCGAGGAGGGAGACAUUGUCACUGGUGUCUACACAGGAGCCUGGUUCUGGAACGAUGACAUAGAGGACCAUGAGGAGGAAGACGAUGAGGACUUCCUUGCUGAAAUGGCAGAGGAGGAGAACGAGCCCCCAGGGCUGUGGUCUGCUGCCUAUGGUGUGGGGGACGUGCCUGGGACUUGGGGUCCCGACGAUUCAGAUUCCGUUCAGACUCCAGACGGUUGGGGACCCAGCCCAGGCAGCCUCGGUAUCCUGGCUGAGGAGGUUGAAGCUAAACAUUUCCUGUCUGGCCGGGAGCCUGGGGAGAAUUUUCUGGCGCCCUGGACAUUUCCCGCAGCAGCUGUCCCCAUCGGAUGUCCGGAGACCACUUGCGACGUGUGCGGUAAAGUGUUCCUUCACCGUUCGCGCCUGGCCAAGCACCAGCGUUACCAUGCGGCGGUUAAGCCCUUCGGCUGCGAGGAGUGUGGCAAGGGCUUUGUGUACCGUUCGCACCUGGCCAUCCACCAGCGCACUCAUACCGGCGAGAAGCCCUUCCCGUGCCCGGACUGUGGCAAGCGCUUCGUCUACAAGUCGCACCUGGUCACGCACCGGCGCAUCCACACGGGCGAGCGGCCCUACCGCUGCGCCUUCUGCGGCGCGGGCUUCGGGCGGCGCUCCUACUUGGUAACCCACCAACGUACGCACACGGGCGAGAGGCCCUACCCGUGCUUACACUGCGGCCGUAGCUUCAGCCAGAGCUCAGCGCUCGCUCGCCACCAGGCUGUGCACACCGCCGAUCGUCCUCACUGCUGCCCGGACUGCGGCCAGGCCUUCCGCCUGCGCGCUGACUUCCAGCGGCACCGGCGCGGCGGCUGCACGGAACCCGGCAGUGGCGAGGGUGCGGGGAUGGCUCCCCACGAGAUAGAGAUGGCAAUAGCAGCUGUAGCCACAGCGGAGCCAGAAGAACUGGAGGCCAGGCCCGAGGAGACCAAAGAGCCCGGGACUGAUGUGGCAGACGGAGACACAGAGGCUGAAGCCAGAGAGGACGAGGAGGUGGUAGCUGCGGCGGCAGAGGCGACGGUCCCCGACAGCAAGAAGGACCCUGAGCCAGACAGGCCGUUCCGUGAGAUGGGCAACGGCCUGAGUGGGGGCGAAGGGCCUUCCUCGCACCCGCUCGGCUUCCAUUUUCCCAUGCACCCCAAGUCUUGGCUGCAUCCAGGCAGCUUCCCCAUACUGGGGUUCCCCGAGUUCUCCGAACGGCUGCAGGUCGACGGGCGUCAUCUCUCCCGCUCCCUGGGCCCCCCGCUGUCCCUGGAGGGUGCGGGGCUGGCUUGUGACCCGUUCCGUAGCACGGGCCCCGGAGUCGGGACGGAUGGUGGCUUGCGAGCGUUCGCGCCCACCGUGGGGUCGCUGCUGGCGGAGCCCGCGCCCGCCGCGAUGGCAGAGGAGGAAAGCCCGUGGAUCUGCUCCGACUGCGGCAAGACGUUCGGGCGGCGCGCGGCGCUAGCCAAGCACCAGCGCUACCAUGCGGGCGAGCGGCCGCACCGCUGCGCCGACUGCGGCAAAAGCUUCGUGUACGGCUCGCACCUGGCGCGCCACCGGCGCACGCACACGGGCGAGCGGCCAUUCCCGUGCCCGGAGUGCGGCGCUCGCUUCGCACGCGGCUCGCACCUGGCGGCGCACGUGCGCGGGCACACGGGCGAGAAGCCGUUCGUGUGCGGCGUGUGCGGGGCGGGCUUCAGCCGGCGCGCGCAUCUCACCGCGCACGGGCGCGCGCACACGGGCGAGCGGCCCUACGCGUGCGGCGAGUGCGGCCGACGCUUCGGGCAGAGCGCGGCGCUGACCCGGCACCAGUGGGCGCACGCCGAGGAGAAGCCGCACCGCUGCCCUGACUGCGGCAAGGGCUUCGGCCACAGCUCGGACUUCAAGCGGCACCGGCGCACGCACACGGGCGAGAAGCCGUUCCGCUGCGCCGACUGCGGCCGAGGCUUCGCGCAGCGCUCCAACCUCGCCAAGCACCGACGCGGCCACACGGGCGAGCGGCCCUUUCCCUGCCCCGAGUGUGGCAAGCGUUUCUCCCAGCGAUCGGUGCUCGUGACGCAUCAGCGCACGCACACGGGGGAGCGGCCCUACGCGUGUGCCAACUGCGGCCGGCGCUUCUCACAGAGCUCGCAUCUGCUCACGCACAUGAAGACGCACCGCGGGCAGGCGGGCACACAGAUGCAGAACACCGCCGCCAAGGCCCAGGCGCCUGCCAAGACGCCGCCGCCCCCACCGCCCCCGGGCUCGGGCACCGGGUCAGGAACGCUGCUCGAGUUCGCCGGCGGAACCAGCUUCGGCUCCGAUCCUGCCGCGUUCGCUGGGCCCUCGGGUGCCUUUGAGGAGAGCGUCUUGUGAGGCUGGUCGAAGCGCGCGGAGCCCUCCCGCUCUCGAGGCGGGCUGAGGAUUCCCAAUCUUGGGUGCUCUUGGGCCCUAACGCCCCGAGCUUCAGAUCUCGCUUGGGUGCGCACAGGCUGCCACCCUGGUCAAGAGCGCCCAUCCCUGGAUCUGUGCUGCAGAGUUAGUGGGCAAAGCCAAUUCGUUCAUCACGGAUUCAGAUUCAGGUGGCCCGUAGGGUCAGUGGCUUAGGAGUCUGUCACUAGGCUUUCUGAGGAGUGAUGAGGAAGCCCUAUCAUUGGGAGAGGGUGAGAGAGGUCAUCCAGCUGCAUCCGGGUUUCUUGGAGGGUUUGGCUUCUUCUCAGUCUCCUUAGGAGUUUCAGGGACCGUCUUCCGGUCACUCGGGUGUGUCCAGUAAGUUUUAAGAACAUGGUUCAUGGCAGGCAGGAGCCUCACUAGGUUUUGGGGGGAUGGAGAUGUGAACAGGGGAAGCUUUUGUUCUAUCGACUGGGUAUUUGUUUCCAUCUUUGUAUGGCCUGAAAACUGGGGAGGUGUUGAAAAAGCAAGAUACCAAAUGCGUAAUCAGGUUGCGGAUGUUGGCUAGGUCCCCAGGGAGUUGGAAGCCUUAUUUGAGAAUCCUUACUCCAACCCCAUCGAACACUGGCUACAAGGUGCGUUUUGGUAGUGGAAUCCCCUCCAAGCUUGUUGGUGCUCUAUAGAGUGGCUGCAAGCGGCACACAUGGACAUCUUUGGAGUGCCUGGUGUGGGCUCGUACAGACCUGGUCUCCAGACGAGUUCCCUAGCAGCGCCCUCCGCCGGAGCAGGUAGCUGCGGAGCCCUGUGCUCAGCCUUUCACAGCACUGGGAUGGGUUCUGGAAACUUACCCUCAGCUUAUAAUAAGGGCCCUUUAUCCUCUGCAAGACUCUUAACUCUGCUGUAAUCACCGUACACUAGAAGCAGGUAGCGUUCCUGCCGUGGGUGGGUCCAUGCUUACAGAGUGAUUGGUGGUUUGCACAGUGGUUGUCCACCUAAGGUAUCAUGUGGACCUGAGCUCACAACUUACUAUGCAAGGCUCUUGCACAGUGGAUAGCUAACUCUCCAGCCUGGACUGCUGGCGUCUAAGAUGUAGCACACACAAGCCCCUCCCACCCUCCAUGAAUUCUGGGCCAGUGUGACUGGGGGCUAAAGAAGAGAGAUUUCCACCCAACUGCGUUCCCUUUUAGACCUAGAUCCUUUGUUGUAGUGUAGACACGCCCUUGGAGCCCAAGAGCUAACGUGCAGGCUGCUAGGUGCUGGGUGGGUAGUCCAUGGGUGGGAGGAGCUGGGGUGGUGAGGGUCAGAAGGUAGCCUGGCCAGGUGACGUGAAGUGGGAAGGCAUGGGUCCUGAUUGCUCAGCAGUGGUCUCUCUGUCCCAUUUUUUUAUGCUCUUCCCAUGUCUUCUGGGACAUGAACUUCAGAAAAAGCCAGGGCAGGGUGCACUGGCGGGGCACCAAAACCAUUCCUCUUAUUCCCCAGCGGUUUCCACUCUGCCCCUCUGCUGUGGGCAGGAGGACCUAGCUUUAAUAAAGAUGAAGAAACAAGCUUUGGGACUGGACUCUGCUUUUGCCCCACCUUGGUUCCAUCGUGUCCAUCUCUUUUCUGACUUGUUUUCCCCUUCUAGAAGCACCUGGCACAUCAUGGAUUUGGCCUGUGUCAACCCCUCCUUCCUGGGAUACCUCACACUGCCACACAUGGGACAUGACGGGGAUUCAUUCAGCUAACCCGAGUUUAAAGAGAGGGCCUGAUCUUUCUCAGAGUGCAGCCCCAUGCUUUGGCCUUUCCUCAGGGGUUCCAGUACUGUGCUGUUUAUCUACUCCAAAGCCACAAAGGCAUGGCCAUCCCCAGGAGUUCCCAGACAACUCCCUUUAACCUGGCUUUUUCUUAUUCGGUCUCUGUGAUAGGAUUUUUUCCCAAUGGGUUUGAGAAUAUGCAGAUGUGAUUUGAGGCUUCAGAAUAAAGGAAACCAGUAUCUCCAUUAAAACAAGCAGUUGGGCAGGGGAUGUAGCCCAGUGGGUACAGUGCUUGCCCAGCAUUCAGCUUUUCAUCCCCAGAACCCCACAAACCAGGCAUGGCAGAGCAUGCCUGUCAUGUCAGCAUUUGGGGAGACUACCUCAAACAAACAAACAAAAAAUACCCCGGAUUUUAGGAGGUAGAUGUAAGGAUGGAGAAGACAUAAGGAUGGAUGACCACUCAGAUCUUAGCCUACUGAGAAAGGCCAAGCAAUUCUUUGAUAAAGCUUACCAUUGAUGUGCAGCUGGAGUUCUUUUGUUGUGGGGUAAGGAAUCCCCAAUCCAACAACUGCCUCAAAGUCUUUAUUACCUGUGAAAUGUGACCAACCAAAGGUGACAGUUGGAGGAUCAUCAUGUCUGGGCAUUCUCUCCUCUGCCUACCUGUUUUUAUCUUUCUCACGUCCCUGUUUUCUCAGCCUUUUUUUUUUUUUACUUUAUCUCUAUUUUACCUAUUUAGACUCUGCUCUCGCUCUCUUUCCUCCCCCCUCUUAAUUUUCUGUUUAUGUAAUAAAGUGGUUUUAGA